AUGGUCCAGCAGGCCACCCCCUCCCGCCCCGCCCUGGUUGCUGCCAGCAGCUGCGCGGAGGUCGGGGCGCUGUCCCCUGGCCCAGUGGUCUCAGAGCACUUGGACCUCUUCCAUGGCUCUGGCUGCCCUCAGAGUGACAUCCUCAGGGAGCUGGGUGGAAACUGCAUGGCCUUUUGUGACCUAGCCUCCAAAAUCACAUGGGGUCACUCCUGCUGGAGGCCUCAUUACAUCAACAUGACUGAUGAAGUCAUUGGCCAUUCUGCUGCCCCCCCGGGAAGUCCUGGAGCAGACUUGGGUGCCAAAAAGAAAAAGAAGAAACAGAAGCGGAAAAAGGAGAAACCAAAUUCCGGAGGCGCCAAGUCAGACUCGGCCUCUGAUUCCCAGGAGAUUAAAAUCCAGCAGCCUUCCAAAAAUCCCACCAUCCCGAUGCAGAAGUUGCAGGAUAUCCAGAGAGCAAUGGAGCUGUUGUCCGCAUGCCAGGGCCCCACCAGGAACACUGAUGAGACUGCCAGACACAGACACCAGUUUUGGGACACGCAGCCGGUACCCAAAUUAAACGAAGUGAUAACCUCGCACGGUGCCAUCGAAGCGGACAAGGACCACGUGCGUCGGGAGCCGUACACCUUGCCGCAGGGUUUCAUGUGGGACACUUUAGACCUGGGCAGCGCCGACGUGCUCAAGGAGUUGUACACGCUGUUAAACGAGAACUACGUGGAGGACGAGGAGAGCAUGUUCCGGUUCGACUACUCGCCCGAGUUCCUGCUCUGGGCGCUGCGUCCCCCGGGCUGGCUCCUUCAGUGGCACUGUGGGGUCAGAGUGUCCUCGAACAAAAAACUAGUGGGGUUCAUCAGUGCCAUCCCGGCAAACAUUCGGAUUUAUGACAGCGUGAAGAAGAUGGUGGAAAUCAACUUUCUUUGUGUUCAUAAGAAAUUGAGAUCAAAGCGAGUAGCCCCAGUGUUAAUUCGAGAAAUAACCAGAAGAGUAAACCUGGAAGGUAUUUUUCAGGCUGUUUACACCGCUGGAGUGGUUCUUCCUAAGCCGGUGGCCACAUGCAGAUACUGGCAUCGAUCGCUAAAUCCCAGAAAAUUGGUAGAAGUGAAAUUUUCUCACUUGAGUAGAAAUAUGACUUUACAGAGAACAAUGAAGCUCUACAGACUUCCGGAUGCCACCAAGACUUCAGGCUUGAGGCCAAUGGAACCAAGAGACAUCAAAGCAGUUCGUGACCUAACCAACACUUACCUGAAGCAGUUUCAUCUUGCCCCGGUGAUGGAUGAAGAGGAAGUAGCUCACUGGUUCCUCCCCCAGGAGCACAUUAUUGACACGUUUGUAGUGGAGAACUCCAGUGGUAAACUAACUGACUUCCUGAGCUUCUACACACUCCCCUCCACAGUCAUGCACCACCCUGCUCACAAGAGCCUCAAAGCCGCCUACUCCUUCUACAACAUUCACACCGAGACGCCCCUGCUGGACCUCAUGAGUGACGCACUCAUUAUAGCCAAGUUGAAAGGAUUUGAUGUUUUCAAUGCACUAGAUUUGAUGGAAAAUAAGACUUUCUUGGAAAAACUCAAGUUUGGCAUAGGAGAUGGUAAUUUGCAGUAUUACCUGUACAAUUGGAGAUGUCCAGGAACAGAUUCUGAAAAGGUUGGACUAGUAUUACAAUAGAUGGAUAUUUCUAUUUUUCGAACUCUAACAUCAUCAUUUGUUAAUAUUCUAUUUGAUUCCUGGAACUGCCAUUCCAAAGAAGAAUAAAAGCACAACUUCACCGAAAUCGAUGUCGUCGGUAACAAUCAGAAAAGAUGAAAAAAACACCCAUAUGUGACCAAUAGUACAUAUUUCUAGCUAGAAUGUUAAUGUUCUUUUUCCACUGUUUACCCACUUGUAGGAGGGAUGAAAGGGUACAGAGAGCACAUUCCUCUGAUUUUCAGACUUUUGGCUCUCUCUUGAUGAAGAGAAAGUAUUCUUCCUCUCUGUAGAAAAGGGACUGUUUUUCUGUGGACUGAACGGAAGUCACAGAAUUGUAUAAAAAAAAAAAAUCUUCCCUGCUGUGUGGAGAUAAACUGCUGCAUUUCUGUGUAUUAAGCGUGGGUCUGUCUGUCCGUGUAACAGAUCGAAGGCUCCAUUUGCCAAAUGUGUGCUUCCCCACCUUACACAGUGCGAUCGGGAGAUUUAUGGAACCAUGACUUGUGUAACUCAGUGGGGAGUGGGGGGCGUUAAGCAUACGGUGAGAUAAAAAGGUACUGGGGACUCGCAAGUACACUUAUUUCUCCAGGAGCAGAGUUGCCAAAUAAACACACACAGAUUUGUA